CAGCUCUUUACGGUGGAGAGAGAGAAAGAGGAUAUACCUUUGGUUUCAAUUGGGGUUUUCUUAUACAGUGAGCAGCUGAAGAAAGGAUACAGUGGCUGACAGAAUUGGGAAUGAUGUAGAUAGGCAGAAUUGCAAAGUGUUCAAAACCCUAUUUAUUGAAGAGCUUCAUGGAAACUCUUCUGGUUGCUCAAGAGAGAGAGAAUAAGGGUGAGGGUAUCUUUGGUAGAGCUGGAAGAUCCUGUAGACUAGAGAUACCUCAACCAAUCAGAGUAAACAUUCCAUGCAUGUGAAAGAAUCAGGAGUUGAGAACGUCCAAUUCAAGAAUUUUUUCAAUCUACAAUGGUGGGUAUACAUUUUUGUAAAAAACCACAAAAACCCUAAACCUUUAAUCGACAGUGUUCCUAAUUUUAAAUCAUAUGCCAUAAUGCGUUAUCCAGCUUUGAGAAUAUGGAAAAGCAAAAUAAUGUAUCUGAAUUCAUCUUGCUGGGGCUUACUCAGGAUCAAGAGUUACAGAAAGUCUGCUUUGGAAUCUUUUUGAUCUUCUACAUGGCAAUUCUGCUAGGGAAUCUAUUGAUCAUAAUUACAAUCAAGAGCAGUCGCCACCUGAUUUCUCCAAUGUAUUUCUUUCUCAGUUACCUUUCCUUCAUAGAUAUCUGUUACUCCUCUGUCACUGCUCCAAAACUGAUAGCGGACUUCCUGGUGAAGAAGAAAACCAUCUCUUUUGUUGGUUGCAUAGCACAGCUUUUUUGCGGUCACUUUUUUGGUUGUACUGAAAUUUUUCUCCUCACACUGAUGGCAUAUGACCGAUACAUCGCAAUCUCCAAGCCUCUCCAUUAUACCACUAUUAUGAACAAGAGGGUGUGCAGUUGGAUGGUGUUUAUAUCAUGGUUGGGUGGGUUUGUACACUCAAUGGUACAGACGGUCCUUAUUACACAUCUACCCUUCUGUGGGCCUAAUGAAAUCGACCACUAUUUUUGUGAUGUUCACCCUUUAUUGAAAUUAGCCUGUGCUGAUACCUACAUUAUUGGACUUAUUGUCAUUGCCAACACUGGCAUGAUUUCCCUCAGUUGUUUUCUUGUGCUGAUUGUUUCUUACAUUGUUAUCCUACUCACAAUCAGAACUCGUUCUUCAGAAGGCCGUCUCAAGGCUCUUUCCACCUGUAGCUCUCACAUCACAGUUGUGAUUCUGUUUUUGGGCCCCUGCAUCUUUCUUUACAUGAGGCCCUCAACCACAUUCUCAGAGGACAAAAGUGUGGCUGUUUUCUAUACUAUUAUAACUCCCAUGCUCAAUCCAUUAAUUUACACCUUGAGAAAUGAGGAAGUAAAGAAUGCCAUGAGAACAUUGUGGAGCAAAAAUAUAAUUUUGGCUAGGAAAUUAAAAGUGGAUUCAAAAAUGUAACCUUGGUUUAAUCACAUGUCAUAUCAAUGGUGGAGAAAAAUGUAUUAGUAUCAGAACUGGGCCUGUUGGAAAAGAGACUUUUCUAUCUUAAGGUUUCAAUAAAAUGCAUCUUUUCCUCUUGAAAUAAUAAGUGAAACUUCUAAUUAGGAUGCCUUAAAUUUUAAUGCAAUGUAUAAAGGAUAUCUUCCAUUAAGAUUCACAGCUAGGAAAAGGUUUUAUUUCUUAUCCUGAUAAGCAGUGAAAAUUGUAUAUUAAAUUGCUGAGAUUUAAUGUUUAGUUAAAAAUAAAUGUUGUCACAGCCUCAUCUUGCUAUAAUCUGUGGUCAGCACAGAGAGAAAAUGUUUCACUUUCUUUUAUAAAGCUCAUAUAAUGUUGUUAUCUCUGUUUCUGGAAAACUAAUUUAUUCUUCCCCAGCUGUGAUAGUUCUAUUUUUGAUAGUCCAAGGAGCACUAGUUUUGUGUGUUAACUACCUGAGAGGUACCAAGAAGCUGUAUAAAUCUUAACUCUGUUUAGUUACAUUUGAAUGCAAUUGCUGUUUAGAAUCACUUGCAAUCUGAUAAAAUCCAUGCAGAAAAUUAAUUUUAAAAACAGACAGUUUGCCGGCCUUGCAGGAAAUUUUUGAAGGUUAUAUCUGAAUCCUGUUGCCAGUAUCUCUGUAGACUGUGGAUUAAGCUUCAAAAGGAACAGUAAGAAUGGCUACAUUUUGCUUUUUAAUUUCUGGAUAUUUUCACUUUGCAAUAAUAAAUAAUGGAAAAUAGGUCCCUGUGUUUGGGUAAGUUGGAGCAUUCAAAAGAUUUAUUUAUUUUUUUAAAAAGAUGAUUUCAUUGUAUGAAUUUACAGCGGAGAGGGAGUGUACAUAUCAUACGAUAUCAAAAUGCAAAUGCAUCAUUUUGGCAUUUGGUAAUGACAUCAUUGGUUGCAUGCUGUUAUUUUUGUGUCAUUGGGAUUUAUUAUGAAUGCUGGUACUUAUCAUCCAUACUGUUUUGGGGGCUUUGUUUGGCUCUGUUGACCUUCAGAUUUCAGAUUUAAUACAAAAGCAAGAAUACAGUUAAGAGAAACUCAGAAAAAUGUUGUAAUACGGUAAAUGAAGAGGUUUAUUGAGCGCUGAUGGGAUAUGCCAAAGCUUGACAUAUGAAAAGAGAAAUCCAGAAAUCCCACUAAUCAUGUCUGGUUAAUGUGUGUGAAUAGGUCCAGGACUGAAAACUUUGCCAGUGGUAAAUAUUUGUACAAUGCCAAUGAAGUCUAGCCUGAACAUCUUCAGUCAGCUCUCUUUCUGUUUAUCUCAUCAGUAUUGUAAUCAUCCCAACAUCAUUUUAACUCUCUAAUAACAAAAUCCAUUUUGAAUUUA